AUGGAUUCCACUAACAUCAUUAUUCCAUUUGAUUUUCCAUUUGCUAUUUUGGAACAUCGUCAUUAUUCCGAUCCCAACACUAAACUAGUCUAUGCAGUUGCUGAUGGCCAAUAUACAUAUGGUCCACUUUCUUUAUAUCAAUAUCAUAAUGAUGAAACAUAUUCCAAAACAAUGCGAACCGAAGAACUACCACCAUCAUUAUCAUGCAAAGAAUAUUAUAUCGUCGAAUCAGGAUUUUCAACUGAUGGAGCAGUUCCAAUCAUAGAUGAAAAUCGUGGACUUAUUUAUGUCAAAGAAAUUUUAUCGAGUGAUGAUGAAAAUAAUGAAUCAAUUUUAACUAUGGAACAAGAGUCUGAACAAGUUCAUAUGAAAGAACUUUUUAAAGAAAUGGCUGAAUGUAAAAGUGAAAUUCAAAGUCUUAAAUCGAUUGUUUUAUCCGAAAAUCGUUUUAUUAAAUGUCGAUCAACUUCAACAGAUUCACCUGGUUUUCGUGGUACUGACAAUAAUGCUAAAUGGAUCCGUGGUGGUGGUGGUGCUAGUGCUAAUCGUUCAGCUAAUAAUGGACAUAUGUCUGAUGAUGGUGGUGUAUCAACACCUUUACGUUAUACAAAAGCCACUGGUAUUCGUAAACCUCAGCAAGUGCAAUCAUCAAUUGUUCAACGAAGUGUAUCAUCAUAUUCAGCCAAUAGAAAUGUAUUAACACCAUUACGAAGUAAAACAACCGCAAUGUCAUCUGUAACAACUAAAUAUGCAACGCCAAUGCGAACAACAACCACAUCAUCAAAUAAAAAAGUUGUUCUAAAAAAUAUUAAAUCAUCUGGUUAUGGACAAUUUACAGCAGUUAAUAAUACAACAACCACUAUUAAAAAACAACAACAACAAACAUUAGCUACACUUGCUACACCUGGAAGAUCGUUUAGAAAAUAA